AGAGCGCUGGCCCAAGAGCCCCCGGAGAGCCAGGCCGCCAGGCGGCGCAGAGCCCCGCGCGGGGCCGCGCCGGGCGCAGCCCAAUGGACGUCGAUUACGACGAGGACGCGCCCGCGGCGGCGGCGGGGCGCAAGGCGAAGGGCCGCGGGGCGGCGGAGGACGACCGCUACGCGGGCAAGGCCGGGCAGUUCGAGACCCUGGGCGGCGGCGACGGCGAGGGCGGCGGGCCUGCGCGCUCCAUCGAGGGCUGGGUGAUCAUGGCCUCGGGGGUCCACGAGGAGGCCCAGGAGGACGACGUCUUCGAGGCGUUCGCCGAGCACGGGGACAUCAAGAACCUGCACCUCAACCUCGACCGGCGCACGGGCUUCGUGAAGGGCUACGCCUUCAUCGAGUAUGAGACCAGGCAGGAAGCCGAGGCCGCGGUCAAGGGCAUGGACGGCCAGGCGCUCCUCGAGCAGAAGCUGUCCGUGCAGUGGGCCUUUGCGAAGCCCGGGGGGCGCAGGCGCCGGAAGUGAUCAGCCAACCAGCUUCUGGCUAUUGGUAUCACGCCGCGAAGAAUCGCAUUUUGCCAUUUUUUGAUGUUCGUACCUAUUCUCUCCAAUCACCUUCGGUGUUACAUCUCCAAAGCGGUCGCCGUCUUUCGAUGUCUGUUGAGGCUCCGUCACCUGCACAAAGCGCGCCUCUUCGCGCUGCUCAUUUCCCCCGAGGGGUUCCAGCCAGGAGCAUGUGCAUCCUUGCAAGGACCGCAUGGGCACUUGCCGAGCCUGGCUUGCUCGUUGGAUGGAACUCGCUUGAGCCAUGAACGAUUCGCAUCGGCGGAACAAAUUGUCCUCAUCCUUUUCUGGUCGUUCGGGCCCCCUCUCGUCGCCACAGCUGGGUCUGUCUCGGGGCCGGACGAAAGGGGGGGAUAGG